AUGGCCGCCACCCCGAAUCUCUUGCGGGACAAGUUGAGUGCAUUGGUAGACUUGACGGACAGCUAUGAUCCGAACGCAUGGGAUGUCUACGAGGACAUACGCAACAACCACAAGGAAGUCAGGAAUGGUGGCGAUUCACUCGCAGCCUUGAGUCUGGCCAUGGCUUUGUCAUCGCAGCCGGGUGACGAGUAUGGAUUUGUAAAGUCCGCGAACCGGGACAAAACAACCGCUUUGGUGCGGUCGUUGCUUAUGAAUUUGGUCCCCUUUCUCAUUGAAGCGCAUAUUGACAGUGCUCUGAACGAUGUUGCCCUCCCACAACUCCGAACUCUGGCGAAAAACGCCAUAUUCAAGCAACUUUACCGUGAAAUCUUGACCACUGAAGACUCAGCUGUCCAGUUCAGCAUCGCAGAAGACUCAUCCGAGCUAUUCAGCUGCGGAAACUAUCGCUCAAAUCUUCUUUUCGUCUACGAGUUCUUCCGCAGAGGCAAUACUCCCUGCCUUGUUGGUUAUGUCCCUAACACCGACAGUGCGGGUGACUCGUUUGCAGGCGUAGUCAAAGCCUGGCUGGAGCAGAUGAAAGCACCCAGCGAGAAGACAACCUUUUCUAAUGUCUUCAACAAGGUCCUAGCAGCUCAGACGAGCACGCGGGUUGAGGGCGAUGUCAAGGACUGGUCCAAGUUCACACAAGAUUUGAUGCAGAUCCUGUUGCCUGUGGACCUUGUCUAUUUACCGAAUCUAGACAUGGCCAGUGGACUACCGCUGAUAGUUGAGAAUGUGCUGGCAUCCGUAGCACCGCAGGCUAUGAAACAUGAUUGGGUGCUGACCCGAGCCGACACGAACGAAUGGGGUGUUGUGUCGGGUGAAAUCGUCCGCACGCCCGUCCGAGGAGGACAAAUCACCCUCUGCGCCAUCAACGACGAUCCAGCCUUCUUCACACCGAAUCACCCCUUUGUCGACAAGUUUGGCAGAGUUCGCGCCGUGGACGCUACAGCCGCUCAUCAAGAGAACACUUGGCAUGAGGUCGGAGCGCUCAAAGUCGGGUACGUUCUCCUGCACACCGACGACGGACGAACAUACACUGAAAUUCCCAUCCAAAGUCUCCGGCUAGAAACUGUCAACUGCGAGUUCGUUCACGGAGUGCACCUGCGCGAAGGUCUUCGGAGCUACCACGCCAACGGGUAUCUCGUGCAAAUGAACUAUCCAGAGAUCACCAUCAAAACCAUGGCCAAUGCUCUUCGACAGAUCCCCCCCGCAGAUCAGCUGCGUAUGCUUCGUCAUCUGGAGGAACUACAGCCGCUUCUUGCACGGUUUGGACAGGGGACGGUCAUGGGUUUGCUUCAUGCCGAGCUGGGCAGAAGCGACUCGGAGCUUUUAGCCAUGCGCACCAAGCCAUUAUCGGGACCGAAAGUGCCGGCGCUCUACUUUCAGAGCCGUUCUUUUAGGUCGACUGCCAACGCUGCCGAUAAGGAGCGGUUAGGUGAUUAUGGCAGCCUCCCGAAUGUCGAUUGCAUAGAUGGUCAGAUUUGGCUUGACGGGACGGCGUGUGUGUGCGCGCAAGUCCUGGAACGAGGGUUUGUCUGGUCGCGACCCCUGGAGGAUGAUGUAUGGGAACACGGCUUGUGUUCGUUUGGCGGUGACCAUAACAUGGCAGCUGGAGACGGGUUCAUCUGGGUCGACGACAACCCGGCACCGACACAACCCUCGAGCAAGGCUGUCCAUUUCCAAGCCCUGGCUGUCGCCCUUCACGUGCCCACGGAGGAGAUGGGAGCCGGUGGGGAGCAGGCGUUCUCUUCUGCUGGCGCUGAAGCUGCCGCCGAAGAGUCUUACGAGCUCGAAGAAGAAAAGAGCAGCAACGAGGAUGAGACACCUGUCGCCGAAACGGGCCUUGCCCGGAAUCAGUCGUCGAAACGUACGACCUCAUGCGAGGUCGACACCCUCCAGGACGGCCCUACUGGAGAAUUUCCUUUCAAGGUGCUACAAGUCGAAAAAGUGCUUAAGCAAGCGGGCGAAGGCGUCCCUAAGUUUGACUUUGCGCUUCCCGCGCUCGAUCGGCUAGCUGCCAAGCUCAACGAGACAUCCUCCCCAGGGAUUAAGAUUAUUAACAUGUACAGCAUGUUCGUCACGCGCACAGAGAAGAAAGAGCUCUGCUGUGAGAUCACCAUGAUCUCACCAGAGAGACUCGCGCUGGCGGCGGAUUAUAAUGUGCUUGAAGGCUCAGACGAUCAUGGCGUCAAGUCGUAUACGGAUUUGAAGUUCACCAAUAUGAGAUUGAGUGAGGGAGAUUUGGACAUGAGGUUCAUCCUGCAAAAGAUUGUCUUAACUACUAACACGCUUAAAGGCUUGAUUGGCGGUACCUGGAUUGAGUUUGACCUUAAGACGGCCAAGACUCAGAGCGUGAGAGAUCUCACGACAGGUUUCACUAUCAACACCUUCGAGCUAAAGAAGGACACCCAAGAGCUGCUCCAAAAGGUCAUGCACUACCACAUGGACGCCGACGAUCGCAAGUUGAUCUUGGGGGUCAAGGAGAGACCGACGCCGACCGCAAGCCUGACGUACGGCAUCGACGAGAUUCCCGACGAUCUUGCGGGCUUGUUGGACCCUAAACUACAAGAGUGGAUCAAGGGCACUUACGCGCCAGCCUGGAUCGCCCAGUGCGCCGUAGGACUCACAGACGAACAAGAGAGCAGAUUCAAGGUGCGUGUCGACGUCCCGUGGCAGCGUCGCCUCAAGUACUCUUGGCAAGGGUCGGGCAAACGCUGUCUCGGCAAGUCACGCGAGUACAAUGAGCUCAACACGCAGCUGUCUAUUUUGGUCUUUCGGCGCAAGUACCCUUGCAUCAGUGACUAUCUGAGCGACAAGACGAUGGCCACCGAGGAGACGAACAACGAUGCCAUCAAGGCCAUGUCGGGUGGAAAGAAGUGGGCACACCUUUUGUUUGAGGCGCUCAUGCAGGAAGACAUGGUUGCGCACAUUGCCAAAGAGUCGGCGCUAUCAGAGAUUACGCAGCUCAACACGCUGGAGAUGUACUGCACAAUGCUCAACGCCCUCUGGAAGGACGACAAGGGCACCGAAGACCUCGGCCCGCUAACCCUACAACUAAGCAACGCAGUCAAGGCCUGUCUUCUCCGGGAAAACCUCUUCAAGCACCGCGCAAUCAACGACCCCAAACAGCUCGAGAACAGCCUCCGCGAUUAUCUUCUCGACUUCUUCACCCUCAUCCUCGACGAAUACGCCGCAAACAGAGCAGGCAUGUCAACCGAAUUCCGCGAGGCCAUGGUCGAGAGUCUGGUGGAAUUCAACCAGUGGAAGGAGGGUUACUAG